UUAAUUUGCUUCAUCCAUCCAAGUAUACAAAACAAUGAACUAUUUUUAUUAGUAAAAAGCAUAAAUUAUCUCAUAAAAAUGGAUAAAAACGCCGAAAAUGUGAAAUUUUCUGAAUAUUGUCGAACGUGCGCAAUAGAAUCAAAAGAUUUGAGAAGUUUGUACGAAGUAAACAAAAAUGGGAAGACUAUAGCCGAACUGAUUGAGUUAUGUGCCCAAUUCUCAUUGAACGAAAAUGAAAUAAGGCCCAAAAAUAUCUGCAAAAAUUGUGUGGUAAUGUUGAAUACAGCUUUUGAAUUUUAUAAUCUGGUCCGAAGCAGUGAGCAAAGGUUUGAAGAUUUGAUAGCAUCGGUAUUUGUAACAAAACCUGAUACAGCUGAUAGCGAGAAUGAAAUUUACUCUGAUAGAUUGUUAGGCAAUGAUGAAACGCUUGAUAUCAAAAAGGAGGAAACCAAGCAACUACCAUUUUCAAUGGAGGAUCAAGUUGAAAAUAUAUUUGUGGAAGAGCCGAACGUGAUUUUGUCGUGCAAUGAGAAUGAGGAGCAAUCAGUGACUGUCGACAGUUCAGAUAUCGAAAGAUCAGUUCGAAAAAGAAGAAAGCGUACACGGAAGUCGGUAGGAGUAAAAAAAGUACACACUAAAUCUGGAAGAGCGGUCAUCAACAAUUUGGCCUCCACCGAUUUUGAAUGUUACAAAUGCAAACAAAGUUUCUCUUCAAUACACAAAGUGAAUGAACAUUUUAAAGACCAUGAAAUAACAUCGAAAUGUCGGAUUUGUUUAAAAAAAUGUACUCGCUGCGAAUAUUUUCAACACCUGUGUCAGGGGGCAAAAAUUGAUUGUCAAUAUUGUCAAAAAUCAUUCAGCACUACUCCCAGUUUAAUUAAACACAUCAAUAGAAAUCAUAAAAGUCACAAAAAUUAUAAAUGCUAUGAUUGUGCAAAGUCCUUUCAUACAAAAUUACUGCUUGAAAUUCACAAACCCACCCAUGAUACCGAAGAGAAGCGUUUUGUAUGCGAUUUAUGCCAGAGUCGAUUUCGAACAAGAUUUCAAAUCAAGGAACACAUGGAACUCACACACACCGAUAAACGAUCAUUUUUAUGUUCGACGUGUGGUAAAAGUUUCAAAAAUCCAACAUAUCUGCGGGCUCACGUGAAACGUCACACGUCAACUAAAUCAGUUGCCUGUCCAAAAUGUCCAAAGCGAUUUUUCGAUAAGCAUGGCCUAAAAAAGCAUAUCGAAGUUCAUGACGACGGCCGCUUCGUAUGUGAUAUUUGCGGCUCUGUGAUGCGAUCAAGGGGUUCUUAUAUGGAACAUAAACGGAGGCAUAAAAAGACGAAGGUAUUUACGUGCGAGGUGUGCAACAAGCAAAUAAAAACAUCUUUAUACAACUUAAGGCUGCACAUGUACACGCAUACCGGUGAAAAACCAUUCAAAUGUUCGUAUUGUGAUCGCCGAUACACUCAAAAUGCUGACUUGAAUAAACAUCUAAGAACACACGUCGGACAAAAUACGUAUAAAUGUAACCUUUGCGAUAAAUCAUAUAGACUUUUGGGAGAAUUGCGGCGACACACAUCCGAACACUAUCAACAAAAUAGCAUCGAAAAAAACGAUUUUCAAUAGAUAAGCAAUGUAUUUAUUUGAAUAAUUACC